GGCUAUGGCUCGGUCCGACCCGUGCGCGCCGCCCUCGCUGCUCCUGCUGGUCUUGGCGCAGCUGGCGGGCCGGGCGGCGGCCGCCUCCAAGGCCCCUGUGUGCCAGGAAAUCACGGUGCCCAUGUGUCGCGGCAUCGGCUAUAACCUGACCCACAUGCCCAACCAGUUCAACCACGACACGCAGGACGAGGCGGGCCUGGAGGUGCACCAGUUCUGGCCGCUGGUGGAGAUCCACUGCUCGCCGGACCUGCGCUUCUUCCUGUGUUCCAUGUACACGCCCAUCUGCCUGCCGGACUACCAUAAGCCGCUGCCGCCCUGCCGCUCCGUGUGCGAGCGCGCCAAGGCCGGCUGCUCGCCGCUCAUGCGCCAGUACGGCUUCGCCUGGCCGGAGCGCAUGAGCUGCGACCGCCUCCCGGUGCUGGGCCGGGACGCCGAGGUCCUAUGCAUGGAUUACAACCGCAGUGAGGCCACUACGGCGCCCCCCAGGCCUUUCCCCGCCAAGCCCACCCUCCCAGGCCCGCCGGGGGUGCCGGCCUCUGGGAGCGAGUGCGCCGCCGGGGGCCCGUCGGUGUGCAAGUGCCGUGAACCCUUCGUGCCCAUUCUGAAGGAAUCGCACCCGCUCUACAACAAGGUGCGGACGGGCCAGGUGCCCAACUGCGCGGUGCCGUGCUACCAGCCCUCCUUCAGCCCCGACGAGCGCACGUUCGCCACCUUCUGGAUUGGCCUGUGGUCUGUGCUGUGCUUCAUCUCCACCUCUACCACCGUGGCCACUUUCCUAAUAGACAUGGAACGCUUCCGCUACCCUGAGCGCCCCAUCAUCUUCCUGUCAGCCUGCUACUUGUGCGUGUCGCUCGGCUUCCUGGUGCGCCUGGUCGUGGGCCAUGCCAGCGUCGCCUGCAGCCGCGAGCACAGCCACAUUCACUAUGAGACGACGGGCCCGGCGCUGUGCACUGUCGUCUUCCUGCUGGUCUACUUCUUCGGUAUGGCCAGCUCCAUCUGGUGGGUCAUCCUGUCGCUCACCUGGUUCCUGGCGGCUGGCAUGAAGUGGGGCAAUGAGGCCAUCGCGGGCUAUGCGCAGUAUUUCCACCUGGCCGCGUGGCUCAUCCCGAGCGUCAAGUCCAUCACGGCGCUGGCACUGAGCUCUGUGGACGGGGACCCGGUAGCCGGCAUUUGCUACGUGGGCAACCAGAACCUGAACUCCCUGCGCGGCUUUGUGCUGGGCCCGCUGGUCCUCUACCUGCUGGUGGGCACGCUCUUCCUCCUGGCGGGCUUCGUGUCGCUCUUCCGCAUCCGUAGCGUCAUCAAGCAGGGAGGCACGAAGACGGACAAGCUGGAGAAGCUCAUGAUCCGCAUCGGCAUCUUCACGCUGCUCUACACGGUGCCCGCCAGCAUCGUGGUGGCCUGCUACCUGUACGAGCAGCACUACCGCGAGAGCUGGGAGGCUGCGCUCACCUGCGCCUGCCCCGGCCCCGACGCCGGCCAGCCGCGCGCCAAGCCCGAGUACUGGGUGCUCAUGCUCAAGUACUUCAUGUGCCUCGUGGUGGGCAUCACGUCGGGCGUCUGGAUUUGGUCCGGCAAGACUGUGGAGUCGUGGCGGCGCUUCACCAGCCGUUGUUGCUGCCGCCCGCGGCGGGGCCACAAGAGCGGCGGCGCCACGGCCACCGCGGACUAUGCCGAGGCGAGCGCAGCGCUCACGGGCAGGACCGGGCCGGCGGGCCCCGCCGCGGCCGCCUACCACAAGCAGGUGUCCCUGUCGCACGUGUAGGAGGCGGAGGCCGCGGGAGGCCGGGAGUUGGGGGGGAGGGGGUGUUUUGUUUGGUAGCUUUGCCAAGUUCACUUCCGUUUACCUUCCUGGUGCCGAUGCCCCCUCCUGGGGCAACUUGGAGAGAGAGGGAAAAGGGGCCGUUCCAAGGGAGCUCCAGUCCCAGGACUUCUCAAACGGGCUCAGCUCACGUGUAUUCUAUUUUACGUCUCUUACUGCCUUUUUUAGGGGAACCUGUUUUUAAUUUAUAUGUUGUUUUCUUAAUUUUUAACUUUGUUGCAUUUUGGCAGCAAAAUUUAUCUUUGAUUUGGGGGCUUUACAAACCUAAGGUUGGCAUUAUAAUGAAGUUCCACUGGGUUCAGGUUUCUGUGAACUGUGUGGUCUAAAUUGGGAAAAUAUAUUUCCUAUAUUUGUGUCUGUUUAAAAAAAAUGUGAACAGUGAAAGUUUAGGUUGCAUGACUGGGAGGUUGACAAGUGUGCUUUUCAGCUUGUUUCUCCUUCUACUGCUCAAGUGUCCAAAAUGUUCUAAGGUGAGCAGCUUGUCCCUGUUUAUAGGUCCUGAGUUAGGGGAGACCCCAAAUCAUACCAAGGAGGGGGAGCAUAAGGCAGUUAUGGACUCCCAUGAGUGACAAGGUUAGGGAAUAAUCUCCUACUAGUGACUGUGUUCAUCCUAGCUUUGUUUAUCGAUUCUCAGUUUCUUUUCUAUCGUAUGUGUCAUCAUUCUCAUUCUUAACAGCACCAGAAUUAUCUUGCACAAGUUAGAGGUAGCAUUAUAGAGUGUCUGGUAUAAAUAUUUGGAAUCGUGAGGACCUAGGGAUGGUAACUGGUUGAGCUUGAAUUCUACACUGUUAAGAUGGCAGCUUUGUGACACAGAAGGAGUGGGUGUUUCUUAAUAGCCUCAGUGAUUUCCAAUUUUUAAAGAAUAAUAACGUGUUAUAAUUUUGUUGAAGGUAAACCCACUCCCUUUUUCUGAAACGGAGCUCCUUUUUAGAUGGAAGGACUAAACGGGAUAAACCUCCAGUGAUAAAUUUCUAACACUUCUCUUAUCUGCUCCACCCCAUCCCACCUCUUUUAUCAUGUUAAACAGUCUUUUUGCUUUUCUUAUUCCUCCUCUCCUGGAGCGCUGUGAUUAGAAACCACACCCACCCUGAAUGAGGUGCAUGAACUGGGGGGAGGGAGGCUGGCUACCUGUGAAUAAACAUUGGCAGCAAUGAGGGAAAAUAAGUGUCCCUGGACUUUGGACUAGCUUGUAGCCAGAUAGUCCCAAAGCAGCAAGACCUUGUUCUCUGCAGUCUCUGAAAACAAAUGAGACCCUCACAAAUAACACACCUGCAUAAGCUUUUAAAGUAGGGAUAGUGAACUGCUACAACAGGAGCAAGGCUGCUACCCUACCUCACUAUAUUUUCCUUUUCCUCUUUUUCUGAGGAAGCCUGGAUAUUGAUGAGCACACACAUGUGCAUGCACACACACAAACACACACACUGCUGUUAGAGAACUGUUUGCUUACCUAAUCUGUUUAACCAUUCCUUCGUGAAGAGUGUGAGGCUGUGACUGGGGAAGAGGGGGUGACAGUGACCAGGGAUUGGAGAGCUAAAAUGGCUAAAGCAACUAAAAUUUGAGAAUGCCUCCCUAGAAAACCAGUCUAGACAUUUGUGCUUCAGUUAUACUAAAGUCGGAAAAGUAAGAUUUAAGCCCAGGUCAAUUUUCAGUUCAUGGGUGCUAAGUAAACAAAUGCACAGUUCUUGUAGUGGAUUUAAAUGCUUUUCUGGUGGGGGGAAGCCUGGUAUUAUUAGUUUUAAGGACUCUCAAAAGCAGUUCACGUUUAUUAAAAAAUGCACUGCGCUUACACACUCAUGCUUGGAAUCUAAGUUAAAAUUUGAGUGGAUUUGACAAAACCUAAUACACAUAGCUACAGAACUUUUUGCAAAUCUUACUCCUCUACUUAUUCAGAAGCUUCUUAGAACCUUGAAAUAGAUUCCCUUGUCUGAGGGCCAAUCCCUCUCCUGUUUUUCAAGUGAGGAACUUCUCUGAGCACCUUGACCUUUCCCUCAUUUAGUAUGUCUUCCCAGAAGGCACAUAGAUUGUUCUGCAGCCUUCAGUCAAUGUGCUUAUUUUGGGUUGUCCCCUUUCUUCUUUUUCUUUGUGGAGGAAUCUAGAAACGAUGCAUAGUGUAUCUAAAAGUACUGGGAUGAAGUAAUUUCUUUGUUUUAAAGAAUUGUUUUUUCAUUUUGGCAACAUACCAUACUUAAAAAGAACAACCAAUUUACCUUUAAAAAAAAAGUUAAGACAAAAAGGGUAUACUAAGCCAAGGGGAGACAAUAUAGGCAAUAUUUUUGGGGGUCUAGUUGCAGACCAGCUUCCAGAGCUACCUGUUUUCAGUCUCUGUUCUCACCCUGACUCCCCCUAACCCCUCAAAAGAUAAAGCCCACCUGCGCCCAUGAAGUCUUACUAAUAUCAACCACCCCAUCCCCUAUGCGGGUUAGAGAAGCCAGACCUAUUUAUAUUCAUCCCUAUUACUACGCGUGCAGCAUGUGUGCACACGCACACACACACGCGAGUGUGUGCACACACAAGAUUUUCCCUAUUUGCAUUUUUGUGAUGCAAAUAAUCCAUACUUAAGAAAACAGUUAUAAAAUGAAAGGUGGUGGAGUGGUUUAGCAACUUUUUCACACCAGCUCUGUGAAGUUGCAGAGGCUUUAGGGCCCAGUUUAGUCUCACUUGUACAGCUUCUGGGCUGUCCCUCUCAUGGCUCAAAUUUUCACUUGAUAGAUUAGGGGGCAAAGAUUUAAAAGCUUGUCUAAAGGAAUUAAUGUGACCUCUCUGUGAAUCAGUUGACCAGAUUUUAGGAAGUCUUUUUUAUUUAUGUUACUAACCUCCUCACAUUUUGGUCUAAACUGGCUGAAAAUUAUUUUUCUUGGUGCCUUAUUGGUUUAUCCUUGCAAGCCCUUUGUCAUAUCUUCAUGUAACCAUUUCCAGUGAUGGGCCUCUGUGUGUGUGUGUGUGUGUGUGUGUGUGUGUGUGUGUGUGUGUGUGUGUGUGUGUGUGUGUGUGUGUGUGUGUGUGUGUGUGUUGUGUGUUAACAGUGUGUAUGUACAAGCUUAAAAAAUGUGCCAGCGGCAUUGUUUCCAAGUGGUAUUCAUUAGGCUGUUUCCUUCUGGGCCAGGGCUGCACUGAUCCUGACACUGGCUGCCAGGAGAAAACCUCACGGAUCCCACCUCGACCCUCACUAACAGCCAUGACCUGCACUCUGGAGCAUGGGAGGGGAACCCCUGAGCUAGGAAAUAGAGUUAUAUAUUUUAAUUAACUUCUACCCCUGCUAAAGAGGCUUCUUUACCUUUUGUGCUCCACAGAAAGACCAAGGCAGGUAGGAGGGACAAGCUUUGUGUAAUUGCUUCCUAACACCAAAUGUGGCCAACAGGACUGAGGACAUCACAGCUGGAGGCCGGGGUGAAGUGCAGUGGCCGACAACUCCCUGCGUCCUCUGCCUGCGCUCUCUGCCUCCCAAGUCCAAGUGAUCCUGGGGAAGAAACGUGCCUAGGUGGGAGGGUGGUUCUGAAAGAGAAGUUACCAAGAACAUUAAAUCAGGAUGAAAGCAGGCAGUUUGUAAAUAACAAAGUAACCUGACUUGGAACUCUCAAAGGCUUCUAACAGCUUGAUGACAAAUACAGGAUUGAUUUCAGCCAGGAUACUGUCUAUGGUUUAUUUUAAGACAAUAUUAUUUUGUGUUGUUACAAACUGUAUGUAUAGUAUGUAUGUGCUGUGGGUGUAUAUAUACAUAAUAUAUAUUAUAUAUAUGAAAGAUUUAGUGACUUUUGAUACGGGUUUGGUGCAGGUGAAUUUAUUACUGAGCCAAAUGAGGCACAUACCGAGUCAGUGGUUUGAGUCCAGGGCAUUCAAUACUUUUUAAUGAUUUCCAUAUAUGUCUAGUGCCUAUCAUGCAAUAUCAUCACUAGCAUGUCCAAUCCAGAACUACCGAAUCAGAGCCAGUGAUACUGUAUUUGUAGACAAUCAACUUGAAUCUAUAAAUUAUUAAUGGUAGAUGAUUAUAAUUCAAAAUCCAUAGCAUUAACAAAAGAAAACCCAGAGCAUCUUGGUAAGAAGUUUUGUUUUUGUUUUGUUCCUGGGAAUGAGUAGAACAGCAGUUGUGGUUGGUUAUGUUAGUCUCAAAUACAUAAUUUGCUGACAUUAUUUCAGAAAAAAAUUUGUAUUUGUGGGAAGAUAAAAUAAUGAUUUGAGAUUUUUAUCAAAUACAGAGUAGUUAUUUAUGAAAAACAAAGAAAUGUCUAUUUUUGUUUCUUUGUUCCCACUUACUGUAGAUAAAUUUUAAAGUGCAUUAAAGCAAUGAUAAAGAAAAUAAAAA